AUGUCACAGCGAGACCUUCCUCGUCCAAAGGCAACCAUAGUCUUUGCUGCUGUCGCAGGGGAGGAACAAGGCCUCUACGGUGCUAAUUUACUAGCUCAGUCAUUCCGCAAUAGUUCCACUAAUGUUGAAGGAAUGUUUACAAACGAUAUCAUCGGCUCAUCGACCGCUGAUGAUGGUACUAAAGAACCGCAUGUUAUCCGUCUCUUUGCCCAGGGAAUACCACCUCUGAAUGUUGAAAAUCAGGCAAUGCGAGAGAGGCGCAUAAUGAUUGGAGGCGAUAAUGAUACCCCUGCUCGUCAAUUGGCACGCUUCGUCAAAGAGACUGCGGAAAACAAGCAUACGGAUAUGGAAGUCUCGGUCAUCUACAGACUAGACAGAUACUUGCGUGGGGGUGACCAUCGUCCAUUCCUAGAGGCUGGAUACCCAGCUGCACGUUUCACAGAGCCAAACGAGAACUAUGCGCAUCAACAUCAGGAUAUCCGGAUUGACAAAGAUCCUAAAACUGGCAAAGACAUUCAGUAUGGAGAUUUGCCUGAGUUCUGCGACUUUGAUUUUAUUUCACGAGUCGGUAAAGUCAAUGCGGCCGCCCUUUGGAAUCUGGCAAUGUCGCCAGGUAUGCCACGGAACGUGCGUGUCAAUACCACAGCGCUUUCAAACGACAGUAAAUUCACCUGGGAUCCUCCGGUAGGCGGUAAUGCCCUGGUUGGGGGAUAUGAGAUUGUUUGGCGUAGCACCACUGCUCCGUUCUGGACUCAUAAGAUGGACGUAGGGAUGGUUCAGGAGGCAACGAUAGAUCUCAGCAAGGACAAUGUCAUUUUCGGCAUCAGGGCCCGUGGCAAGAAUGGUGAGAGAGGAGUCGCUGUUCUCCCUUUCCCUUAG